AUGGUCGACGAUAAUAUCGAAGACGCAUCAUUGCAUCCAUUUUUUGUUCGCACAGAAUUUCCGUUUGUAUUUAUUCCAACAACAUCAACAACAAGUUUCAAUUUUGUCAAUAGUGAUACUCAGGAUUUUAUCAGUGAAGAUCAAACGACAACUGAAUGUCUGAACGAAAAAGAAACUACUGAUGAUGAGGCUGAUCAUAAAGAACAAUUUGAUGAUAAUACCGAUGAAGAAAAUGGUCUUCGAAUUAGUCAACCAAAAUAUAGCGAAUUAUUAAAAAAUCUGGAUUUUAGUGAAACAAGAAUGGUUGAUGUAACAAAUCUUUUAUCGGACAAUGUUGAAAAUGGUUUAACACAAGAUAAUAACGAAAAUCAAAAGAAAAAGGAUGAAUCUAUUGAUCAGCAUUUAUCAUUAAAUAUUGAUGAUAAUAAUGGUCAAACAAAAGACAAUGAAAAUUCUAAAAAUGCUAAUGAUGAUAUUCAAAAUGAAUUAAAUCAUUUAGCAGCUAUUAUUGAACAAGCAACAAAACCACCGACUAAUGUAUUUGAUGAUAAACAAAAAAAUUAUUAUCUAGACGAAGAUGAUGAUACAAGUAAACAAGCUACACACAAUUAUGACCUCAAUGAUAACGAAAACGAGGGCAUAGGAUCAUCAUUAAAAUCAAAGAAGAAUUCUUGUUUUACUGCUCAAAAUGCGAACCAUAACCGAGAUGAUAAUUUAUCAUCGAUUCCACGUUUAAAUGCGAGUAUAAAUAAUCAUCCAGAAACUCAAGAUCAAUCAGUAGAACAUGCUACGAAUCGGAAUAAUUUAAUCAACGGAACAGAUGAAUUUGUUCAACCAGCCAAAAUUGAAAUACAUACAACGCCUAUUAAAGAAAAACCACUAUUACCGGCUGAAGAAAAAUUAAAACAAAAAACAACUCGCUCAUCGCAACGAAGAAGUCAAUGGCAAGCAUCUCAUUUAUCAAGAUCGUCGUCUUCAAAUUCUGAUAGUCCAUUUGUAUUGAAUCGAUCAAAUGAAAAAGAAACUUCAGCAUCUCAUGAACAAGAACAGACAUGUACAACAGCAAGCGAUAUUUUACUUCAACGUUUAUCAAAUCAACAAACAGAUCGAACAAGUGCAAAUAGAAAAAUAUCUCAUCGUUAUCAAAAAACAUUAAGAUCUGAUCCAAUCGAAUAUGAGAAUAAUAUUCAAUCAACAAAAAAUGAUAAUUGGUUGUCUACACUUGACAAACUUGAACAAGAACAUAAAAAACGUCUAGAACAGCAACAAAAACAAUAUGAAGAUUAUAUGCAUAACCUUGAAGAAAAUAUGAAACGACGUUUUGACCAAUACUUAGUAUCAACUGAUAGUUUGCAAGAAUCAAAAUCAGAUACAUUCAAGGGAUCAACAUAUUCACGUUAUGCAAAUAGUUCAUUUACGAUUGAUUCAAACUCUAGACGGCUUAGAACUUAUUCAAGUAGUAAUCAAUAUCGACCAUUGGCAGAUCAACUUGUAAAUCGUCAAUCUGUAGAAAGAAAUCUAUCGAAAUCACAAUCGAGAGAAGAUAUUUCAAAUUUAAGAGCAGAACUUUCCGCAAAGCAUGCUAAACAUAUAUCGGAUUUGAAAUUAUAUUAUGAACAUGAAAUAGAUGAACUUAAAAGUCAGCUGAAUGUAUCUAAAAUGAGCCAUACAAGUAGUACUAGUACUCGUCAGUCGAUGGAGACAAUCGAACGAAUUAACAAUGAAAAUAUUCGUUUACAUGAUGAAAUGAAAGAACUACAUCGUUCAUUUAAAAUUAAUCAAGAAGAAAAUCAUUCUCUUGAACGGCAAUUAGAAGAAUUACACGAUGAGAUAAAUAAUAAAGAUGUUGAAAUGAAAAAUUAUCAUCGAAAAACAACUGCACUUGAAGAACAAUUAAAAGAAGCACAAAACAUAAAAGAAAGACAUGAUGAAAAUCGUCAUCAUAUUGAUCGACAAACAUCAUUCUAUCGAGAAGAAAAUGAAAAUACUUUACGUGAUCUUAAUCUUACGCGCGAACGUCUUAUUUGUCUUGAAGAACGUUAUCGUGAACUAGAAAAUGAACAUAAAAUAUUGUGUCAGCAAACAUUGAAAAAUGAAAAUAGUAAUCAACGUAUAAAUGAUGAUCAUGACUUAAGUUCAACAAUGUCUUUGAAUAUGCCAACUUCAAGAGAAUAUGGAAGAUUUACAUUAAUGAAAUCAAGAAAUGAAAAUAUAGAUUCAGGCAGAUAUAUAUCAAAGGAUUCAAAUCAUUUAUAUCAUCAUGAUAAUUAUCCUGAAACUUUAAAUAAAAUUAAUGAUAAUAUGAAUGAAGAAUCUUUUUAUAAGCAAAUUUUUAAACCAUCAUCAAAACCUCUUCAGUCUCCUAGAAAAUCAUCAUCAAACCAACAUCAUUGUAUUGAUCAAAUGCCAGUCACAGAUUUCGUCAACGAUCAAAUAAGACAAAGUGAACAAUUAGAAACAAGAUUUGAUGAAUUAUUGAAGAAAAAAAGUGAUUUAGAAUCUCGUAUUAAUCGCAUUCCAAUUCGAGGCUUAACAAGUAGUGAUAGACAAUUAGUCGAUGUUCUUGAACGAGAAAUUGAACGUGUUGAACAACAAUUAUCAAGUGUUAAACUUGAACUCCGGAAAAUGAAUAUUUUACCAGCAUAUUAA